UGUGUGAUGAAAACAAUAGACAAUGGCCUGCGAAGUAAAACACUGCGGAGAAAUCCGUGAUUUUAGGAAAGUUCAGGAGUACUUUGGACUGGGACACGAUGACAACUGGUUGAAUGCGGUAAACCACUCCAUUUCGCCCACUGGCGAACUGAUUGCUCUGGCCCAGGGUGAAAAGUUGGCGUUCCUCUCGACCUGCUGGAGCAGCCACGGAAACGCCAACACCUACAUAAUGAGCUGGUGCGGCGAGCUGGAGGAUCGCAACCAAAUCGUGACCAGUCUCACCUGCCUGCCAAUGACACACAGCCGAAGCACAGAUGGAGCCAUCGAAUGGACCUGCGUGGCAGUGGGCUUGGUCUCAGGCAUGGUCAUAUUUUACACAGAUUCAGGCCUGAAGCUAUUCUCUCAAUGCUGCCAGGAAGAUCCAGUCAUUGGAGUCAAGUUGCAGUCUGCACCCCGACAUUCCGAGGCCGAUUCUCUGCUCUAUAUCGUUUAUCCACGCUGCCUGUGCUUCAUUCAGGGCCACGACAUCCUUCCCAUACUGACCAACUGCCGACAUAAUGUGCAAAGAAAUGCCCUAGAGCGAAGUUCAUAUCCCACGGUGGAUGUGGUGCCAUUCCAAAAGUACAAGUUUAAACAGGAGCGGCAGGGCGUGAUCAACGAUGCAGCCGUAUCUAGCACACAGCGACCCCCCACAUACGACUACAUUGUGCAACAGAGCAUAGGGCUUGGGUACUUUGCCAAGGUGCAUGCCACGCCACCGAGAAGCUCACAGGUUCUGGCCGCCGGGGCAGAGCCCUAUUUGGGUUUCUUCCAGGCGGAGGAGGGCUACAAAACGAUGUCGAUGACCGAGGUUGCGAAGGAUGUGAUUGGAAUAGCGUACAAGAACUUGCUCGGAGGAAUCUUUCGCCGCGCCCCAGAGCCACUACCAUCACCAGAGGAAUCCCCUUUGCCCGUUCCCACAAAAGAAGCGCCGAUGAGGAUUCGCUGUCGCCUGUACGACGGAAAGAGGGAUGGGCUGACCUUAGCCGUGGCACCAGGUGGACGUCUGGCCGUUGUCACGGACAAUCUGGACCGUGUGAUGCUGGUGGACACGCAGCAGGCCAUUAUCCUGCGUGUGUGGAAGGGCUAUCGCGAUGCCCAGUGCGCCUUCGUUCCAGUUAAAGAGCGAUCUGUGCGCGGGAUCAAGACGCACAAGCGAAAGGCUUUGUUUCUGGUGAUCUACGCUCCUCGAUUAGGCUGUCUGGACAUCUGGGCCCUACAAAAUGGUCCCAAGGUUGCCGCUUUCAAUGUCUCGAAAAGCGGACAGUUGGUUUACAACAAUCACAGUGCUCUUGGUGGAAGUGCAGGAUCAUCAAGUAGCUCUGGCCAGUCACGCAAGACUUUAGCCAUCAAUCACUGCCUGUUUCUGGAUCCCAGUGACGGCAGCCUGAAGGAGGUGCACAUUCCCUUUCACUACGCUCUCAGCGAGACCAGUUCGCAGACAUCGCGGGAUAUACACAUGCUGAGGCGUCUUAGAAACCAGUUGAGAACUCUCAAUCAUGGCGAUACCAAAGAUGUGAUGCUGGGCGAAAUUGCGGAACUGGCAAGUGAACUACAGACAUUAGAAGUUCGACAGCAGUGCCUGGAAAUGCUUCUCAAGAGCAAGAAGCUACAGCCACGGGUGUUUAAGUGCAUCAUUGAUGCCUUCAUUGAGAAACCCCUUCCCGACACGAUAGUUUCCGAGGAGUUCGUCAUUCAAAUCGAAAACUAUAAGCGCUUAACUGAUCUUUAUUUGACUUUAAGUCAAGCUAACCAGCGGGAAGACAAUGAACCGCCCGUGGAACUUCUCGAGCUCUCUGACGCGGAUCUGGUGGCGAUUAACAAGUUGGUUGUACUCCUGGACGAUGGAAGCGAAAAGGACAAGCCCGCCUCCACCCGCGAGGUAAGCUUCAAGCUGCAGGAGGAGCACAAAACCGAGGAGUUUGUCGAUUACCUGAGCAUAUUCAAUAUCGACAGUCCGGAUGGCAUCAGCCUGCUGAUGGAGAAAUCCGACAAGUUUGGAGCCGUUAGCAUUGAUCUCUUCAGUCAGUUUUUUGCCCAAGGUCUGUGCUUUGGACAGUUCAAGCAGUGGAUCAGUCAGGCAUGUCUGCCCAGCAAGGAUUUGCUUAAACUAGUUAUCUGGUUUUGGCUGGAAAAGCCCUUUAAGUAUAAUAACUGUGAUGAGGUAGUGGAUGACAUGUCCAGGAUUGCUGCUAUGGUGCAGACCAUUUGCGAUCUGGCUGGUGAGCACAUCCACGACUACGCCUACAAUGCCAUUUCUCCGUGGUGGCAGGAGGUCCGCGAACUUCUCCUUGAGAGCAAACAGUUUUCUGGUUUGCUGGUGGCCAUUGUCUGUAAAACAGUUGCCAGUAACCUGUGGCGCAGCAGAAAGGAGGGAUCUUGUGACGAGUCCUCGCAAAACGAGGUGGAGGAGCGCUGGGAACGCAUUUCCCAUGACGAAGCGCAGUGGGGAUUGCUCACUGGCAAGCUGGAGGAUGUGGCUGUUCUGGGAGCCAUUUUAGGAAAGCCACUCACCUGCCGAGAACCUGUUGGCCCGGAGAUGGCCUACGAACCACCAGACUGCAGCCUUAAGAGCAUUGUGAGUAGCGGAAAGGGCAUUGUCACCGAACUGACGGCCAAGUGGCUAAUCAGUGCCCAACUGCAUCCCAGCAAAGUUUUGGAGAUCACGCCGCCGGAAAAUGAGGUGGAUGAAGAGAGUAAACCGAGGCCGAAGGAGGAGAAAAAAGAGGAGCAGGUCAGCGAGGACUCCGAGUCAGAGGAGCAGUUGGAAAUGGCAAAGGAAGUGCAUGCGCCAAGCAAAAAUGUCCACGAACCGAUUUUGGAGCGAUUGGCUUUGCUCCGGGCCCACUUUCCCUUCAGCUUGGAAUCGGGCGUGCUAUUAAGCCUAAUGUCCUGGCAGUACAUGGUUCAGUGGAGCAAGCAGCUCUCGUCCCUGGAUCACCUGAAGGCAGCUCUGCUCUGCUUGAACCAGUUCCGAAAACCCGAUUGGGCACUGAAGCAUGGAAUCUGUUGCAUGUUGUGGAACGCCACCCUCAAGUUUCCCCUCCAAGCGGCGGCGAAGCUCAUUCAGAAGGUGGGCCGCCUUCCCGUGGACAAGAUGUGCCAGCAGGAUCUAGAGAUGUCGGCGGGGAAAGUGCCAGAGUUUCUGGAACUCAGCCUAGAGUUCCUUCAGCACUUCUCCACUUCCAUGGAGCACGAUAAGCGGGAGCUGCACUUCGAGCAGUCUCUGAGUGAGGGAGCCCUUCCCCUGCAGUUUCUGGCACUCCAGCAGCACCAUGCCAUGCCGCAGUUGCUCCGUCUGCAAACGGAGCUGUGUAGUGUACUCCACUUCGUGUCCUUCUUCCAACUGCGCAUUUCCAAGCCGCUGACCACGCUCUUCGACUCGAUGAGCAACAAGGCUCUGUUGGCAGACAUCAACAAGGAGCUGCCCUACGUUCUGCCCGCACCUGAUCUCGUCCUGCAACAGCAGCGCACUGAUUUUCUGUGUCGCCUUGUGGCCGCCACUAUGGAUCUGAUUAGGGAGGACCUGCAACAACUGUACAUCCUAGACCACGUCUUCUACAUGUCCAAGAUUUGUGCGCUAGCCGACAGCUGGGAAGUCGAUAAACUUCCCAUCCUAAGACGACAGGUGGUGGAGUUGUACGCCUUCGGGUAUGAUGCGGAGGCCCAGAUGCUGCUCCAAGACAUCAGUGACGACGAGGAGCUGGGCCGCCUGCUGCUGGAGAUAGCCGGUCGAAGGCUCAAUCUCUACGCGGAGAGCUCGCAGUCGGCGUUUCUGAAGAUUGCCUCCGUAGGCCACCAGUUACUGGCCUACCUUGACAACCUGAAGGAGCCAAUGACGGAGCACAACAUCCAAAUCGCGGCCACCAAGCCCGACGAGAUCGAUGUGGCUGCCCUGGACAAACUGCUGUCCCACGCCUACAAAUGUCUGUGUCGACGGGAAUCGAAGCAGCUGCCCAUCAUCGCCCAGAUGUACAACGCCGUGCGAGUCCUGCAGAACUAAGAGCGAGGAUGACAAGGAAACACUUUCGUUACAGAAGUUAAAUGAAAGCAAUUAACAGCGAUUGCCACAUUGGAAUCUUUUGGAAAACCCCACUCCAAAUGUCUUACUGCAGCACUGUUAUUUAAUCCUUUAUUAGCAAGAAGAUAAGGGUACAAGAUUUAAAACGCAAUGUUCAUCAGAUGAUGUUCGAUGCUAAAUGGCCGCAUCGUAAUAUUUGACCAUAAUUAUUUAAUCGUUUAUUAGCAAGAAGUUGGUAAACACAAUGGAUUUACAAUGAUUUCAAGGAUAUUUUUAAGUUACUUAGCAAGAACCUAAAGGAAGGACAUGAUAAUGGUGCAUCCUUGGAGAGAACCUUCAAAAAAAAUAACGUCAUAUAUUUUAUUAAACAUAUUAAUUUCA